AAUUAAAUAACUAAAAUAAAAAACUAAUUAAGGCAGAAGCCCUAUUUUCAGUGCGUCUCUCUCAACCCUAAACUAUCUUCACUUCGAUCAUGCGUCAACCAACGGCGACCGGCGACAACCAAUGGCAAACAAAGUGACGGCGGCAACCAACGGAACGGAGGUCUAGGGGCGGCGUGGAACACAACUGAUGUUCAAACAGGGGAAACAGUAGCAAUCUUUGGAUUAGGAGCUAUUGUUUAGGCCAAAAGAAAGGAAAAGAAGAAGGACAAAGGCUACAACCUAUCUGUCAAACCUCUUCUAAGCAAUUCCUUAAUCAGAUGAAAUGUUCAAGGUGAACAAUUCAAUCCUUGUCAAAGGCCCAUUUAAAAUCUUCCAAAAUAUACAAAUUUCAUUUAAAAUCUCCCAUUUCCAUACGAAAAAUUCAUUUUCUAAUCCAGCAAUCCAGUUCAUUCUUGAAGAAGGCGGAACAUUCCAAUCCCCGCAAACCAACGAACCAAAAUCUUCAACCCAAAAUCAGCAGAAUGAAUUCUCCAGUUCGAUUUCUCAUCCUUGGCCUGAAUGGGUGACGUUGAUGGACAAGUUGUUAAAAACUGGAUAUUUUCAGGGAAAUCCUAAUGAUCCUAACCAAAUUAGAACUGCUUGCUUGAAUUUCGCUCGACACCGCUUUGACCUUAUAAGAUAUUUGUCCCGGCAAGAUAUUGCAGUGCUUGCAGGUUGUGGCUGUCCAAGCAGGGAUAGAAAAGUUGUCAACUCCGGAAAGCGCCUUAGGGUAUCGUUAGGCAUCGAGGAAGGGAAUGUCUGCAGCUUCUGCAUAUUGAGGGGAAGUUGUGAGAGGGCAUAUGUUGUGGCACGUGAAGAUCAAGGUGGUCGAACUGUUGAUGUUAUGCGGCUAUUGCUGACUUAUGGACUUGAUCCAAUUACUGGUGCUGUGGAGAAUAAACUAUCAUCGAACAAAAGAGUUAAGGAAUCGGCAAGAAAGCUGUUGAAAGAAAUUGUGAAUUUCAGUUUCAAAGAACUCAUCUCUGAAACACAGAAAUCCACAAACCCUUGGAGUCCAUCUGUACAAGGUGAUCACCAAGAAGGUCAGAACAGUGUCCCGAGUAAACAUGGUGAUUGGUUUUGUCCCAAAUGCAACUUCUUGAAUUUUUCCAGAAACGUUAAGUGCUUACAGUGCAAUGAUUUAUUUCUCGAAAGAGUUAGCAAGUUAAGAGAGGAGCAGGAUCAGCUUCCAUUAAAGAAAGGCGAUUGGAUUUGCGACAAAUGCCAUUUUAUGAACUUCGCGAGGAAUACAAGGUGUUUGCAGUGUAAAGAAAAGCCACCUAAACGGCAGCUUAAUUGUGGAGAGUGGGAGUGUGAAUCGUGCAACUACAUCAAUUUCAAAAGAAACAAGGUGUGCUUGAAAUGUGAUUACAGACGACCAAAAGCAUCUAGCGGAUCAGGUUCUCCCUAUCGAUCUACAAAACAAAGUAGAAUCAUUAGUCGAACACGGCCUUAUUUUGGUGAGGUGAAUCAAGAAACAGAUGAGGAAUACGUAGAUGAAUGGGAAUUAGUUGAUACUGACAAUGAAGAAGAUCAUUUUAGCUCAAUGUCAGGGAAUCAGGUAGCAGGAUUCGUUGAUUUUCCUGUUUUAGGAGGGAAAAGUGAAUUAUCUCGAAAUGCAAAGUAGCAAGACGGGUGGAAGAGAGAGAUGACUGUGAAAAUCUGAAUCACUUGCAAAAGAAAGAGAGAACGCUGCUGAUGAAUUUAACUCUUCUUUUAUACGUUAUAGCAGGCAUUGAACAAUGUUUUGAAACAAAAAAUAUAGUACUUCUCAAGUAAUAUAUCUUUGAUUCUCUCUUUUU